GUGUGUCCGCAGCGGCUGACUUCGCUUCCGUUGUAGCAUCCUUUAGCGCCUAGCGGAGGCAAACCGUCGCUUUUUAAGGAUGAAUUUGGUCGAAAACAAAUCUCUGUACGCUCACCUGCGUGACGAGGACGCCGUGGUGGUGGAAAACGCCGUCAAACUGGCCAUAGACUCGGUUUUAAACGUCCUGUACGGCGUGAACGGCGCCAAGGCUCGGGAGUACCAGCGGAUGGUGGCCGACAGGGACAAAGAGAUCCGGCGGCUGGAGAGCAGGCUGACGGAGCUGGAGCGCGAGCUGCAGGUGCUGCGCAGGCACGGCUGCACGUGCGCCGUGUUCGAAGGGGGACCCCGGAGCUUCGGUAACCGACAGAGCGGGGAGCAGGGCGGGUUCGGACCCGGUUCUGUUAACUCUGAGAUGACAGCGGAACCGCAGGAGGAGUGCGAGAUGAUGCUGUCCUUGGGUGUUUUUGCACGACCCCCCUCUCAUGUGUCCUCCCAAAGCCACGAGUCAGCUCUUCCGUCCUCCCCCAGCCGUCUGGGCUUGGACCCAACCUGCACGUCCCGCUCCUCGGAGGCUUCGGUUGUUCCAGACGCAGCCAGAAACCUGCUUCCGUCUCCCAGCAGCCUCGUCGUCAAAGAAGAGCCUUGUGACAUCGACACGGUUCUGAUCCAGUGGGAGAUGAGUGAGGAAAGAACCGCAGAACUUCCAGAGACCUCAGGCAGCCGAAGACAGGACAAACCGAGUCCCAGUGGAAAACAAAACCCAGAGAGGAGCGCGGGGAAGCAGCUGAGGGAGGAACCUCAGGCAGAGCCGGGUGGAUUUCACCUCUCUGCAGCAGAUCAGCUAAAGAACAGGAAGAGGAACGUCCCGAUGUCCCAGCUGCCCGAGGAGGCUCAGAAACAGAAGCGAGCAGCGUGGAGAGCGGCUUCCAGGCGGUAUUACGCUCGAAAGAUCGCUCGCCAGCGGGCGAACCCACUGCGCUCCGGACCCGUUGCUCCCGUCACGAACUCUCAGCAGAGCGGCUUCAUGGAUAAAAGGAGGAAAUCGUUGAUUUCUGAGUUGCCCAAUUCUCAGAUGCUGCAGAACGAGGCGUGGAGCAGGUACUACGAGAGCAAAGCGGUUUUCCACCAGUCGGACAACAUGGCGUUCGGACACGUGAUGGAGGACCUGAACCCAUCUGGAGCACCACAGGGGCCGAACAGUGACGGGCCCCUCACUAACAGUGGAGGAAUAAUGUGCAGCUGAUGGGCUGCAGCAACACUAAAUGAAUUCAAGGCUUUGUUAUUUUUGAGGCAGGACGUUGGUUUGUUUCUCGUUUUCACUACAUGAGAUGAAGUCCCAGGUUUAACUGCUUCUAUUUAUUAAAGGU